AAUAACAGAAUUCCGAGAUUUUUACAAAAGUAAAAUAGGAAACGCUUUUCAACAACCAUGAAAAAAAAGAUGUCCAAAUAAUAAACAUUUAGAUUACUAAAAUUCAACUUCGAUGUACUUUAUAACAAAUCUUAAAAAGAAAAAGUAGAGAAAUAAAAAAAUUGAUUUUUUAUUAAAAUUAUCAUGAGAGUUCAAAUAUAUAUUUUAUAAAAAUUUACACACUUGUUAAUAUCUAAAUUAAAUUCGAUAAAUAUAUUACGUACUCACGUAAAAUAUAGUUCUGAUAUGCAUCUAGCAUCAGCUAAUGCAACGAAAUUUGUGUAAUAUGACGAAAUUAACGACGCCGGAAAUCUAGUUACAAUAACAUUCAUCUGUUGGUAGCAAAAGUUGCCAAAAAACUUUCCAAAACGUUACCAAACUACGUCAGUAUCAAUCAUUGAGAUCCAAUGGGAAUACAUAAAUACUAACAUCGAAUGUAUGACACUGGUUCCGAUUUGAAAAUUUCCACUAGUUUCUCCAACCAGGAAGGAUAAGAAAAGCUGAAAAGAAAAAAACUUAAGAAGACCAAGAAACAAAUUAGUUGGGGCGUUGACAUAAUAAUUGAACAAUGAAUCAAUGAUAUGCAUCUUUCUUCACGAACUUGAGGUAAAAAAUAAGAAAAUGAAUCGUUGACAUUUGAUGCACGUUCUUACACGAUUGCGAUAGAUUGACGCAGACAUGCCUCCAUGAUUACUGAGUCUGAGCUGCAAGCGAAACAUAUAGAAAAUCUGGUAAUAACCCAUACUCUAUAUAAAGGCAUGCGCAUGUUAUGAAGAAUCAUAAACCAAAACAAAAAGGAAAAAAAAACGUUCAAGAAGCAAGCAAAAUACGAAUGACAUCUUCUCCAGGGAUGGGGCAUUCAGCCCAUCUCGUUUAUGCUCUUGGUUUUGUUAUCAUGGCAACAAUGGUUGCUGCUUCUUAUGAGCCCUACACAUAUAGCUCUCCACCACCACCAUCACCAGUGUACAAUUCUCCUGCACCAAAGGUUGAUUACAAAUCACCACCACCUCCUUAUGUAUACACCUCUCCACCAUCUCCACCGCAUUAUUCGCCAUCUCCUAAAGUAGAUUAUAAGUCUCCACCACCACCACCUUAUGUUUACAGUUCUCCACCACCACCAUACUAUGCACCUUCUCCGAAGGUAGACUACAAAUCUCCACCACCUCCUUAUGUAUACAACUCUCCACCACCACCAUCUUAUUCACCUUCUCCUAAAGUUGAUUAUAAAUCUCCACCACCUCCUUAUGUCUAUAGCUCUCCACCACCACCCCCAUACGUCUACAACUCACCACCACCACCGCCGUAUUACUCACCUUCUCCGAAAGUAGAUUACAAAUCUCCUCCACCUCCUUAUGUUUACAACUCUCCACCACUACCAUACUAUUCACCUUCUCCCAAAGUAGACUACAAAUCUCCACCACCACCCCCAUAUGUUUACAACUCACCACCACCACCACCGUACUACUCUCCUUCUCCAAAAGUAAAUUACAAGUCUCCUCCACCACCGUAUGUAUACAAUUCACCACCACCACCAUACUAUUCACCUUCUCCAAAGCCCACAUACAAAUCUCCACCACCUCCAUACAUUUAUAAUUCUCCACCACCACCAUAUUACUCACCUUCUCCAAAGAUUCACUACAAGAAAACACGUUUGUUGCAAGGGAAAAAACUGUCGCAAUUCUCUUGCAAAUCGCGCUUUGCAAGGAAAUUGCGAGGAAAACAUAUUCCUCGCAAAUCCAUUCUCGCAAAUUUGCGACGGAAAAUGUUUCCUCGCAAAUUUGCGACGGAAAAUGUAUCCUCGCAAAUUUGCGAUGAAAAAUGAUUUCUCGCAAAUUUGCGAUAGAUUUAAGAAACGCAGUUUCCUUGCAAUUUCUUGAAAAAUAUUUUUAAAAAAAAUUAUGAAAUUGAAAAAUAAAAUAAAUAUAUAGCAUAUAUAUAACUAACAAAUAAUUUCACUCUUACCGAAAAAUAUAUUAAUUGUAUAUAUAUGUGAAUAUGUGUACAUAAGAGAAUAUAUUAUGAAUAUUAUAAAUUUACAAAUACAUAUUCCUAUAUAUUAAACCGGUUUACAACUUUUUUUUUAUUUCUUUUUUUGUUGGCACCUCACACCUACCUGUUUACAACUUAACCUAAUUUAAAAAAAAAAAGAAAAAAAAAACUAAUAAAAAAAAAAAAAAAAGACGCCGGCCGAUGUCCUUCCCAUGUUUCUAUCCUUGCUUCUUCUUCAUCACCGGCAAGAGUCACGAACGACGGCGAAAACUACAGAUUUCAGGGACUUGGUCAGAGGCGGUGAGUGAGGAAAGGCGGGAGAAUUCGGUGAAGAAGAUCGAGCUUCAGAUUUGGGAGGCGUUCACGAAUUUGGCAGUACAUCAAAGGAGGAGAUCUGGAUUCGUACAUGAGGAAGGGAGGCGUGAAAAAGAAGAUGAACGGUUAUAGGCUCGUGAAGGAUGAGAGAUAAGAAGAAAUUGUAGACUAGAUUAUGAGAUGCUAAGGAAAUAAAGAAGAAGAAUUGCAGAUGAGGAAGAGUUAAGCAAGAAGAAGUGUUAAGGAGGAGACUACGGGACGUGAAAGGAGGAGAGCAGAAGAUUAAAAAAAAGCAUCUGGACCAUUGAUUCAAAAUUAAUCAAUGGACACAGAUUACAAUCCUUGCAUUUAGAUAUUCCACCAAUGAGGAGGAGAGGCGGAGAUUGAAACGAAACAACAUCUGAACCAUUGAUUCAAGUUUAAUCAAUGGUCAUAGAUUGCAUCUAUGCAUUGACCAAUGAGAGUUUUACUUUUAAAAAAUUUAAAACAUUUUAGUUAAUGGUAGAUAAUUUAGUGGAUGUGUUUGAUUAUAUUUUGGCUUUAUAAACUAGUUUAUUAAUAUGUUUAACA